AUGGAUCAGUGGACGGGUGUGCACCGGGCGUUCGUCAUACGCGCCUACUACAAGAGCAACGACUCCAUCAGCACCGCCCAGCGGCUCUUCAAGAAGCAGUUCAGCAUUUACCAAACGCCGCCGACGAACGUCAUCAAGUCCUGGCUGCGGCACUUCGAGAGCACGGGCACCUCGCAAGGAGGAUGUGGUGGCUUUGCGAGAUCCUCGCUGCCGCAAAUCUUCUGCACCAUUUGCAAUCAGUGCCUAAGCAAUGAGAAGAACUUUAGCAGCUCCGUGAAGUGAAGUGCCUACUCGUGUGCACAUGGCGCAUAAGUUAAUCUGUUUAUCGUGUAUAAGUUAGUGUGUAUGGUUCGCAAAUAAA